CCGGUUGAUCCCGGUCCGGGUUUGUUUGGAGCGGACAGGCCUGGUCAACUAACUGUACAGCUUGCCUCCCGAAUUGCAAGUCUUCGGCUUGCAACGCCUGUUAGCGUCCUCUUCCUUCCGGACACCACCAUUGAACACCGCACUUACAAGGCACACCUAUUUUAUGGCCAAGGACAUGCUGGGCUGAAAUGCAUUUGCUGGUAUACGUGGCACUAUUACUAGACAGGAAAUAUCUUCUAUCGUGGUAUUACCAGAUAUGACAACGUCAUCCAACGAGCUCGACGCGGCCUUGCGAAUCACCGUUACACCUUCUCAAUCAUCGUAUUUCGCUGGAGAGCCGUUCGCGGUCACGAUAACCUUCACCAAUACGCACUCUCCUGAGGCACCAGUGCAGCCCAGAUCAGCUUCUCAUACACACAAGAGAGGAGCCCAUUCAAUAAGCUCUGCACCCAUUUCUCGACCACCGACAUCGCCUGGUACCCGUACACCAAACCCAUUCGUUCCUAAACGGACACGCAGGGGAGAUGUCCUUCCUUCGAGAAAAGGUCUCAUUGGACAGAACAUUGGUCCUCGUGGAUCUGAUACACUCCCGGACUUGAUCGAGCAACGGCGAAAACGAUUGCUCGCAAAGUCAUUGUCUGUUGCCAUCGCUCCCCACGAACUUGAAGACGAACUUGCCGACAUUCCCAGAUCCGCAUCAUUUCUCCAGCGUGGAUUCGAUGAAGGGUCUUAUAUAAAUCCUACGACUCCGAACGUUUCCUCACCUCUUUCGCGGUCAGAUACACUUCCCCUUGCUGCGAACCAUCCCCAUGCACGGAAAGAUUCGUUGCUUGAUGGGCAAUUGUCUCUUCGUGAAAUGACGUCUCCGACAAGCAUGUCUUCUCCGUACACACCAACUUCUUCCACAUCAACAUUUUCCCUGGUCCUUGAUCCAAUAAUAGAAUCAACGAGCACGCCUUACCCUCCCGUACCGUCCGUUUCGUCCCCACGAAUAGAAACGUCGUCUUCACAUUUCCCUUCAAAUGCCGUCCACGCGUAUCCAUCGUCCUACCGUCCCUCGCGACGUCCCGCCCAAAUAGGACUGGGUCAGCCUCCACCGGACAGUAGACUCCGUAUUCCGCCCCGAACUGCAUUUUCAUCCACCUUUCCACAGACGAACACCGAAUUAAUACUUUAUUCAUAUGUCCAGCUGACGGGUUCACUGAUAAUCACAACGACACCUACCUCGUUGGAGCAAACACAGACCCUCAAUUCCUUACGAUCCUCUCUUCUUAGGCGCCCUGUCGUUGGCGGAGGAAGUAUGGACAUUACUUCUUCACAAAACUUACGUCCCCGUAGCCGGCGCUCGCAUAGUCGCUCAUCGUCUAUAUCUUCAGGGAUACUUUCUCUCCUUUCUCCUUCUCUGUCGGCCCCUCACUUUCCCUCGACUCCAGGCUCAUCUGGAAGUCCACACGUACGGACACCUUCAACCUCCUCGUCAUUUUCCCCUUCUUCGUCAUGGAUGGGAUUCGGUCCGAUCGAAGACAUCGAUCCUGAUGCACCCCUCCCCAUCAUUGAAAUACAACCUGUGAUGUUAGCUGUGGACCUGUCCUUGUUGCCCGGCGAAUCAAGAACCUAUACGUACACUGUUUCACUACCUUCCAACUUACCGCCGACAUUCCGAGGUCGGUCAUUCAAAUUCUCAUACGAGCUAGCGGUAGGUACAUGCCGCGCGGGAAGCACGAGUUCAAACAGUAUUAGUCGGGUAAUGAAAGUGCCGAUCAGGAUGUACAACAACGUUCAGGUUGGUCGUACGCCGCGUCCAUAUGACCUAUUGUGGCCAGUUAAGUCUCGGGUGGAUAUCAGGGGAUCUGUCGUGGAAGACACGCAACAGCAGAAAAAGGUGAGGACAGGUACAGGAUCCCUUGAAGAAGUCAAGAGCUAUGCGCGACAUCUCCUGCUAUCAAUACCUGACCAAAAUACCAACGGCGCCAGAAUCAAGAUCCCCCCUGAAACAGUUGGCGAAGGGAGAGAAUGGCGUCGGCACUAUUCACAUUCAGAGGAGGACUCGGGAGGGCUAACAGGGUGCAGAGAAGCUGUGGAAAUCUUAACGCGAAUUCCAAAGAAAGCCUCUUACGAUGUCACCAAAGACAGCGUUAAGGUUGCUGUUCUCACGUUUACGAAGUCUGCUUACCGAUUGGGGGAAACUAUCCAGGGCGUUGUCGAGUUGAAUGAACGGACAAGCCGAUCAAGAGUCCUACAGAUGUCUGCGAUGCUUGAAACACAGGAACACCUUCCUUCGUCGAUAUCUAGUCCGUCCAAUUCCAGACACUUGCGGCGGGUUCACGCUGAACACCAUUCCUCCUUCACUCUGUCCACAUUACGCACCACUUUCUCCCUUGACAUACCAUCUGAUGGCAGCCCGGCUUUCCAAAUAUCCAUUGGAGACGAUUCUUCCACCAAGCCAGGCGGGUUAGAGUGGAAAGUUCGGUUAUGCUUAUUGGUUUCAAUUGCCGCAGAGUCGUCGCACGCGGGUACCGAGGGUGUGAGGAUGAAGAGUCUUGUUCGGGAUGGGCCUGAAGGUGAAUGGGGUGCCUCAUGGUGGGCUACAAAAAGCAUUGCGCCCAUGGAGAAACCCGUCGUACCUGCGCGCCCUCCACAGCCGCAAGGAUGGGCGGCGUAUUUAGCUGCAUCUAUCCUAGGAACAGGGGAGAGUGAGUAUCACGAUGGGGAUGAAGAAGAUGUCGAAGUGAUCGAUGGUAUAAAAGCUGAUCCUGGUGGCGGAGUGGGGGUUGGGGUCGAUUUUGGCGGUGGUCGUGAUGGCUGGAAAGACGUCAAGGUCGAGACUGUCGAGUGUGAGGUGCCUGUUAAGGUAUGGCCAGGAAAUACGGCUUUCAAAGCUUUGGACGUCGUGUUUACGGUAUAAGGUUCUUUUGGGGCGCGGAUUUCUUUCUUACCUGGAGGCUUGCGGAUAUUGUAACUGUAUUUAUCUACAUUAAGUUAUUGUGUACCUGGAUUUGCUUUCGCAUUCAAAGCGCCUUUCGAAUUUAGUCAUCCUGUGAUUCUGUCGGUAAAUUAUUGGCGGAACAGUUAAAAAUAGAACAUUUCUUUUUCAC